AUGAUACUGUUUCGUCUAGAACUUUUUGAUAGUUCUUUUUCACCUGAUACAAGUAAUUAUGAUGCGUAUGGUCUUAAAAUAGCUGCUAAUGAUGUUAUUUUCGUCGAAGCACAAGGUGAUGAAGAAACAUAUCUUGUACAAUUUGCUCCGUUUGAUUAUGCAAUGGGUUCACUUCAAUGUUCAUUUGAUUAUGAUGAUUCAACACAUUAUGUUUAUUCAGUUGGUGUAGGGCAAAAGCAAAAUACAACAAAAAAUAGUUAUUUUUAUUUUGCUGGUGAAGUUGUACCUGCAGGUUUUUCCAAAACAGAUAUGUCAGGUCACAAUGGAACAUUUAUUGGUAUUUGGAUUAAUACAGAUCCACACGAUAUAACAGUAUAUACAGCAACACGACAACCAUUACCAUGUAUUUUUUUUCAAGCACAAAAACUUCAAUUUCUUAAUUCAUAUGGUCAUCAAGAAUUUUUUGUUAUUGCUGUUGAACCAUAUGGAACAUAUGCUAUUGGAUUAGCAACUAGUUUUGCAUUUACCUAUCGACCAUUUCCUAGUGGUUCAAUAACACCAAAAGCGGGUAGUAGUAUUUGGCCAAAUAAUUCAACAUUCAAUCCAUGUGCAGCUGAUGCUAGUAAUACGUAUACAAUUGUUGCAGGUUUCGUCGCAGGUGCAGCUGGAUCUCGAGUACGUGCUACGCCUACCGUUUAUUUAAUAUGGAACUCUAAUCUUACUGUUUUAUCAACAUGGUCUUAUAGUGCCACGAGUAAUUCUUGGCAAUCACGUUUAACAUAUUCAGGUGUUAGUUCAUGGAGUAGUAAAUUUACUAUGUCCGUUAAAAUAAAUUCUGAUGAUCCAACUAGAGUACUUGUUGGUAUGCCUUUCUUAAAUACUGUCUUUUUAUUUACUAUUGAUGGUACAACUCUUACAUUGGCUAGUUAUGUUGAUCAUGGACAAUCGGUUGGUUUUGGUAAGGGUGUUACUUGGUUAACUAAUUCACAAGCAGCAAUACUUGUAUCAACAUAUUCACUUGAUUAUACAACAUGGUAUUCUUCACAAAUCUAUGUCUAUACAUCAUUGAAUGAUACGGAUUUACCUUCAUCACCAUCAGCAAUUAUUCCAAAUACUCAACAACCAUUACCAUCAACUAUAAAUUCGAUAUUACUUCGUAUCGUUUCAACACCAGAAUCUGUUGUUGUACUUGAUGCUGCUGGAGGUGCUCUUAUUAUAUUAUCAGAAGCAGCUGGUUAUUAUGCAUCAACGGAUACUACAAAUGCACCAGUUGCUGCUUCAAUGCCUGUUGUUAGUCAUUCGACAACAUGUAUUGGAGGUACAUAUAAAUCAGAUAUUGGUAUUCAUCCUUGCAAAUUAUGUUCAAGUGGAACAAAAAAUCUAGGUACUACAGCUGGUAUAUCAUGUAUGAAUUGUUCAUCCGAUAGUUUUUGUCCAUUGGGAGCAGUCUAUGAAAUUAAUUCGACUUUACUUAUUUCUCUUUCACAAGCAUAUUCAUAUCCUCGUUCACCUGAAAUGACGAAUUUCGAAGAUGUUCUUUUGAACAAUAUGUUUUCAAUGGGUUCAACAAUGUCUUGUUUAAUUGUUUCACCAAUCUUUUGGUCAUUAAUACUUACAUUUAUCUUUAUUCUUAUACUUUUAAUUAUGGCUUCACUUGGUUGGUGUGUACAACCAUCAAAACGUGAUCGAUAUAGAGCUGCUAUGAAAACUGUUUUUCAAAAAACAGAUCUUGUUGGUGAAGGUGAAUUAUGGGCUGGUGGAAUUGCAUCCAUAGCUGUUGUUCUAAUAACUAUCAUGGCUUAUACAUUUUCAAUAUCAUAUAUGAAUCAAUAUCCAGCGGAAAAAACACAAGGAUCAAGAUUUUCUUGUGAUUCUACUCUUCGAAACGCUAAAUUUGAAUCAAGUCUUCAAGCAUUAGCUGUUCCUGUACCUGAUGACGAACAAACAAUAUUUGAUCUAUUAAAUGAUCAAAAUUUCACUCUUCAACUAGAUUUUAUUAAUACAGCAGCAUCUUGUAUGACAUUUUCGAUUUCAAAAGUUACGGAUGUAUCAACAACAGCUCUUACAAAUUCAUCAUGUAAUAAUAUAAAUGGAACACUUCAAACAACAGUCAAAUUACCUGAACAUGCUAUUGUACUACAAGUAGUCAUAAGUGAUAUUCAACUUAUUGGUGGUCUACGAAUAGGUCUUCUAGGUUCCGGUGCACAAAAGGAUACAUUUACAUUACAAGAACUCAAUUUUCUACAAACAUUUUAUAGUCCAUCAUCUGAAACUUUAGCACAGAUUGUAACUAUUGACAUGGCAUUAACUAAAGUUAUUAACGAAACAGAUCCAUUAUUCGGUGAUACUUCAGAUUUUGCAGGUAUAUGGUAUCCAACAUUUACAUAUAGCCUAUCUGAAAUGUUCAUAUCUUCUGAUUAUUAUCUAACAUCUGCUAAACUUACAUCAACUACAAUAACAAUCGAUAUAACAGAAACAUCAUAUUAUAUUAAAAAUAUUCAAUCACCAAUUGCGAAAGAACCCGAAAUUAUAUUUCGUACUCUUUUAUUUGCAUUUUUAUGUCUUGAAAUAUGCGCAAUGGCAUUUCUUAUUUGCAGAUUACUCAUUAUGCCACUAAUAAAUAAGAUUUAUAUGCGCUUUACUGGUCAUCCUAUUGUUCCAUUUGAACCAGAACAUGGCAAAGAAUCUAAUCAUCAACAUCAUUAA